AAAGGACAUUUUUAGCAACUUGGGGUUGAAGAGAAAGUGGAGAAAAAAAGGAAAGAGCCAAAGCCAGUAGUGUGGACUUGAAGAGAGACAGAUAGACGGUCUCGUAGAGAGAGAAAAAGAUUUUAUUAGUGCUGUGAUUACUGUUACUUGGGGAAGAGACUAGAUGGAAAACAAACUAAGCGCCCGGUAAGCGGUAAAACAAUCAGUACCCACCGGAAAACCACUCUCCAAAUUGUCUUUCAGGUGGUUUUAGGAGCGGCGAGGAUUUUUCGAAGCUCGCCAUGGGAGAAACCGGGAUUGUCCGGUUUCCGGGAAACCUAGACCCUAGGGCGCAAGAGUUCAGGCCUAGAAACCCUAACAACCAGGCCCAACUGGCCCUCUUCAGGCCACUGCAGCAGGCGGUGCCCCAGGUGUACUACCCGUACGCAGCGAGCGAGGUGCAAGUGCAAGUGCAGCUGGUGCCGUUUUGCGAGGCUGCCGUUGGAUACGGGUGCCAGGUGGCAGCAGCACCCCCGGCGUACGUUAGCGCCCCGGGGGUGAGGGUUCAGGCGGCGGUUCCGGCUCCGUCUUCAGCGGCGACGCGAACGCUGGUGCUGAGUUCGGUGCCGUGUGACGUCAGCGAGGGGACGGUGAGGCGGGAGCUGGAGGGGUUUGGGGAGGUCAGGGGGGUCCAGAUGGAGCGAAUCCGGGAGGGGAUUGUGAUCGUCCAUUUCUACGAUUUGAGGCAUGCAGAGGAGGCCCUCAGUGCCAUUCGUGACCAGCACAUGCAACAACAGACCAGGCUCAGGAACCACUACUACACUAGCUGUUCAACCACAGCUUUGUCCCCACUGCCCCCGCCGGCGCGUGGGCUUAUUGCUGGCCGGACCGUCUGGGCCCAGUUCAGCAUCCCGUCGCCCACCUACGCCGUUUGGGAGGGACACAACCAGGGCACCAUCGUCAUCUUCAAUUUGGACUCCCAAGUCUCCAAAGCCGCUCUAAAAGAAAUCUUCGAAACUUUCGGCCCGGUGAAAGAAUUGAGAGAGACACCAUUGAAGAAGCACCAGAGGUUCGUGGAGUUCUACGAUGUGAGAGACGCGGCCAAGGCUCUCGGAGAAAUGAACGGCAAAGAAAUUCACGGCAAGCCGGUCGUUAUAGAGUUCAGUCGACCCGGUGGUCAUAGCAGGAAGUUCUUCAACGCGCCAAGCCCAGCGUUCUCGGCAAACUUCCAUCACACGAAAUCUCCGAGAUACCCUCCAGUCCUAUCGCCGCCAACUCCUCCUCCGCCGCCGCCGCCUCCUUUACACCGGAAAUUAUCGGGACGGCUCGGUCCAAACGUGUCUCGUUCACAUCUCUCUCAAACACAGUUUUCCAUAAAGAAAUCGAGUUUCAGUAAGGGAAGCCCCAAGAGCGCAAAUCUUGAAGCCGAAGUGGCUUCGAUGAGUCUGGGUGGCGACGUUGCGAAUGGAAUUGAAGAGAAGGAAACGAAUGGGCCUCCGAAGAGGAACGCAAAGAAGUGCCCAAGCAAUAACUCCGCAGUGGCUGGAAAGCAGCCUAAGAGUAGUAGGCCGUGGAAAGGUAGACAAGCAAAGAAGUUCGAUAGCCGUUUUCUAAUAAACGAGGAUGCCAUAUUGGAACCCAAUUGCAGAGAUUCCAGAACCACUGUCAUGAUCAAGAACAUACCAAACAAGUACAGUCAGAAGCUGCUCUUGAACAUGCUGGACAACCACUGUAUCCACUGCAACGAGCAGAUUGCCGACGGCGAUGUCCAGCCUUUGUCCUCCUACGAUUUUGUCUAUCUGCCCAUUGAUUUCAACAACAAGUGCAAUGUGGGAUAUGGAUUCGUGAACAUGACGUCCCCGCAGGCAACCUGGAGGCUUUACAAGGCCUUUCACCUUCAACAUUGGGAGGUCUUCAACUCCAGAAAAAUUUGUGAAGUUACAUAUGCAAGAGUUCAGGGAUUGGAAGCGUUGAAGGAGCAUUUCAAGAACUCGAAGUUCCCGUGCGAGAUGGACCACUACCUACCAGUGGUGUUUUCACCACCUCGAGACGGGAGGCAACUGACGGAGCCUCUCCCCAUAGUUGGCCAGAACAAGCAGCCCAUCUCCAUUGGUCUCUCUAGUCCAAAAGCUGAUGAGAUGGACGGUCACGAUACGCUAGGAGAUGACGGCAAAAAUGUCCAAGACUGUGACGACGCUGACCAAUACCAAUGCGACGUACUGAUGAUACACAUGGCUGCCAGUAGCAACAGCAACAGCGACCCAAACGUCGGCGUUGCCGUCAACAGUGAUGAUGAUUAUGGAGAUGAUCAAGACAGAGAAAAAUAAAUUCACAUAUCAUGUCUCAUUUAUUUUUGCUGCACGGAACUGGCUGCACCCCCACCCCACCCCCAAUAGGUGGUCGUUGAGCACCGAGCCAUCCUUAGAUAGGCCACCCAUCAGCCUGCCUUUGUGUCAUUCUCAGGUUGUGACCUGACUACCAUCACUUCCAUUUACUCUCUCUCUCUCUCUCCCUCUCUCUCUGCAAGGAGAUGCUAGUGUUUUUUGUUUUUUUUAAUAGCUUUGGUACCAAAAUUGUAAUUCAGAAAAAGAAAAAAAAAAAAGAAUGUAGCUUUUGUUACAUGGAAUUUAGAUUA